GUGGGCUAGAGUGCCAGCUCUUGGGGCCAGCAGAGCUACAGGUGCUGGGAGUGAGAGGCAGCCUUGUGUGGAGCUUGGCAGGGGGAGGGGACGGGAAGGUAUUUAGCUCUGACAUCAGAGAGAAGGAACUUUCAGGGAAUUUGUGUGUGGGCCAAGCUCCUGGGGGAGGAGAGAAGGAGAGGAGAGCGAGGGGAGGAGAGCAGCACAAGCAGGAGCAGGAGCAGCACAAGGAGAGAGCUGCAGUUUGUCACAAGUGCUCAGAGACCAUGGAAGUGCUCAGAGCCAUUGUGGAGGCCUCACCAGACAUUCUGUCCAUGCAGCAAGAGCAAGAAACCUUGGCAGCCAAACAGCAAGUCCUGAACCUGGUCACCAGUAUCCAUGAACUGUCAGACGGCCUAGUGAAAGAAUAUCUCAGUCACCAAGGUGCCCCCUUCAAUCGUGAUGGCUUCACCUACCCGUUACAACAGCUUAAAGAUCUUCCAUGGUUGGACAUCACCCGGCUCCCUUCAUCCCCAUGGAAAAGCUUGGUGUUCAGCCUCUCGGCCUACUCCACUCUGAUUGGAUGGUUCACAUCGACCCUCAAGUGGCAAAGGAAACUAAAUUCAAGAGUUCCUCUGCUCCUCAAGCGUCUAGAGGCUUCUUACAAACACGUGAUGGUCUUGAGCUCCAGCUUGUCCUCACUCCUACAGGAGCCCAUACCAACAUCCAAAGCUGUGCCUGAGGUCAAGCAGGUCUUCACACAGAAGAUCACUGGUUAUGCCGUGUGCCAGUGUUUCUGUGAGUGGUUGGCACAAACCAAGCGAGAUAUGGAGAUCCUGGUGGCCGAGACAUCAGUGUAGAUAUGGCAAGUAGAGUCUGAUUCCCUCACUAUGUUCCUUUAAUAUUUCCUGAUAGCCAGCGACAACUAACCUACCUCAGAGAGGACUUUGUUUUUAGCAAUGACUUUAGCUAUAUGAACACUGGACACCAUUGAAUAGAAGGGACAAGCAAGCCUGGAAGGAACCCCAUGCCAACUAACUGCAACGCUCUUUUAACCACCUUCUCAAAGGGAAACUUAUCCACGUUGGCUUCAUAUUCGAAUUAUCCAACAGACACAGGCAUGUCGGCAGCUCCCGAACUUUUCAGAUUUAUCCGCUUCCACCAGCUUCUAAUAAAGGGAUUGUUCACUUAAAGGAGAAGUAAACCCUAUUUUAC